CCCUCCUACCCUCCACGCUCAGAGCCCACCUCGUCAUGUCCAUCGUCGAGUCUGAGCUCGUCCAGCCUGGAGCGGAGGCCGAGCAAGUGUGCCUUCCAGAGCAUUGCUUCCACAGCUUCGACACCCUCUUCUGCGCACUUACGUCCUCCAAGCCCAUCCCGCCCAAGUUCCCCGAUGGCAAAUACCCGCUCUUCGUGACAUGGAACACGCGACCGUCGCGCCCGGGGAAGUCCCCUAGGCUCCGGGGGUGCAUCGGCACUUUUGAGCCCCAACCGCUACGAGAUGGUUUGGCAGAGUAUGCACUCAUCAGUGCGUUCCGUGACCAUAGGUUCAGGAAGAUCGAAGAGUCGGAGCUCGAGUCUCUCGAAUGCGCAGUGUCGCUCCUCAUGGACUUCGAGGACGCGGAGAACUACCUCGACUGGACGGUCGGCGUGCACGGCAUCCAGAUCUCCUUCCCGCACCCGUCCCUGAUCCCCAUCGCGCCCUCGCCCUCCUCCGCGCCCUCCCCGCUCGCGUCCGAGUCCGCGAGCUCGCUGCCCACGCUGGGCAAGCUCAAGCACUCCUUCUCCGCGACGUACCUCCCCGAGGUCGCGGAGGAGCAGGGCUGGGACCAGGUCGAGGCGAUCGACAGCGCGAUCCGCAAGGCGGGGUGGAACGGGCGCAUCUCCGAGGACCUCCGCCGCGCGGUCAAGGUGCGCAGGUACCAGAGCCAGCACUGCUCAGUCACCUGGGAGGAGUACGCCCGCUGGAGGACCGCGAACGGGGGCGACCUAGUUCGCGUGCGCUCUUCGAACUCGUGGAGCUCGUUUGUGUGCCUGCGAAGGUGAACUUCAGGACCUCGAUUUCAGAGACUCGUGUCGGGAUUUCGGGGGACUGCCCUCUUUGCUUAUCCGUGUAGUGAACUAUUCUGGGCAGCUCAGCAGCAGUACACAAUGAAUGGACUGUACCAUAUAGAUUGUCUCCAUUACGGUGAUCAUAGCAUACUUAUCUGUGGUGUGGAUGCGGAUAUGUUGAAUGUACAAUAUGGUCAUGGAUCCUUGUACCGAUCCCGACUCGUGCGCACGCCUUCAAAAUACCGCAAGUCAAACUGCUCCUCGUAGAUCUUCGCCCGAAACACUUCUAUCCUACCGUCCCAUACCGUCCCGUACCGCUCCGCAAGCUUCUCCCACACAUUGCGCAACAGAGCCCGGUCAUACCCACUCGCUAUGGCAAACGCGACCAAGAGCCAGUACACGGUUCGGCUGCUCGGCCGCGCCUCCUGUGGAAGAUCGAUGAAGUUGUCGAACAGGGUGCGGAGUUGGUCAAGGGUCCACACUUCUGAGUGCCGCUUCUCGUGGGGUUCCGCUGCGCUGAGAGUCCUACACGAGUGCUCCGGGAGGACGGCGUGGCGCGCAAACCCCAGGAAGAGAGCGCGGAAGAUGGGAAGAAUGGGGUUCGGAAGCACUGGGCCCGACAAGCGCAUGUCCACGUCCUCGAGCUUCCCCGUGACGCGGUGGGGAGAGGUCAUCAUGUGCUCGAGCACGACGAGGGAUUCGCGGAGCCGUCCGCGAUAGGCGUACACCUGAAUGAGGGUGUAGUACGUGACUGCGUCCGGCUUGAGAUGGGGUAGGAUCGUGAGGUCCUCGAGUUCGUCGAGUUCCCUGACGGCGUCUUGGUAGUCAGCUCGACUCUCUGGUGAGUCUCCCACUCCUGCGAGCAGAUGAUGUCGGAGAAUGCGAUAGAUGAGUGCAGCGAUGUCCAGUCUGCCGUUCCGACCGUAUGCCCAUAGACACAUAUUGACCCCGUCCAAACCGAGUACGAAGCCAUUUGACUUCAUGCGCCCCAGGGUGGCACGCACGCCAGAUAACCUCCCACGAUUAGCAUAGUAUCGCAGAUAGGUGAAUAGAGUAGAGCGGUUCGGAGGCAGCCCGGAGUUGAGGAGCUCCGCUUCAGCUUUGUGAAGCAGAUACUCCUUCCGUGUAGCCGCCGCGAUGGCGAGGAGGGUAGUAUACGUCACGAUGUCUGGUGCGACAGGCUGGGAGGCGACGCGCGAGUGGUCGUGCAGAGGAACGUACGGUUCGUCGGAGAGAGACGCUCCCGGUGCCCGGUUAGCGACCAUGUCUUGGUAGACGUUGAAGGACGAGUUGAAAUCCGCCACCCUCGUCUUGUGCCAUCCGCUUCCCGCAGCGUCUAUGAGCGCGUUCCACUCCCACAGCCUGACUUGUCCACCAGUGUGAUAUACCGUGCUGAGAACGGAGAGAAGGCGAAGAAACGUCGUUUGGGUGCGUGUCCUCGACGGUGGUACCCACUCCGAACGAGUCACAAGGCGAGAGGCGAAGCCAUGAAGGUAUUUCUGGGGGAUAGGCUGCUUGAGGCAGGAAGGGCAGUCCUGCAGAAGCUCCUGGUAUGUCUUCCACGCAUCAUCGAGGUCUGGGCAUUUGACCAACUUCUCGUACAAGCUCCAACGGCGUGAGCGCUCCUGGAGGAUCCCCCGUCUGCGAACUGCACUGGGGCUGAGGUUUCGCACGGCGGGCUUGGGUGGCUGUUGGGGUAGCUGAGCACCCUUUGACGGUUGAUGUUCUUGAACGGGCUUGAGUGCGACCCGCGGUUUGAGGACGGCGGCCUUCAAGGCCAAGAUCAUCUCCUUAUUAGUGGUGAGGUGGGUACGACGGGGUGACGCAGCCUUCGACUUCUUUUUCGGUUUGGUGCGUGACGCAGACGUAGAGGUUGAAGAUUUGGCUUCGGGAACGGGAAACGUGUGAGGGGGGACGGGGGAGGUGGACUUAGGGGAGCCACCCGACGUGGGUACUCUGCUGGCCAUCUGCACCGUGGUCGUCGAGUGAGGGCGAGGCAUAUCACUGAUGGGUAGCAGGGUUUCAUGGCCAGGCAGCCUGCGUAGGACCUGAUGACUUCGAUAGAGGGUAUAGCGCGAGAUCCCAUAAGUGAACGUGAGGCCCACAUAGGACGCUCUCAGCAUCAAUGCAACGUCCAGUCAUCCGCGACACGACAAGCCAGCGCAACCGAGUGUAGAGGCGGUAACGCGCCAGCGUGCUGCCGUCGUAACUCCUCGCACGGUCGUAAGAACACCAGACAGACGUGUCUGGAUGGUCCGGAGGUGAUGGA